AGAUCUAACCAUUUGUAGUUAAAUUACAUGCGAAACUACCUCAUGAAUUGAAAGAAAUUUUCAUUUUUAUUGACAAAAAUUUCAAGCAUUUUAUUUAAUGAAUAACUAUACAAUGUAAUAAAGACAUUAAGUAAAUAUCUUAAGAAAUUUUUUAAAAUUUGUUGGACAGUCUAAGAUAGUAAAAAAUUCAUCCUUAGUUUGUCUACUAACUACAAACAUACAUCAUCCCUGAAUUAUUUGGUUGAUUAUUUAAUUAUUGUAGAAAUUAAGACUUCUAGAAAAAAUAAAAAAAUUGAAAUUCACAUAUAUUUCGAAACAAUAUAAACCAGACACCAAUCUUUCUAUUUCAAUUUUCUAAAAUCCUUCCAUCCAUUCCAAUUAUGAAAAAUAUCAGCCCCUUACCCUGGUAGAUACAAUUUCUUCUAAUGAUUCUCACCUUCGAUUCACGAUAUUCCUUACCGCGAAUCGUCACACGACGCGUCUUUUUUAAUCACCCGCUUUGUAUCCGUCCCUGAAAGCUUGGUAAAGCGUACGUUCACACAUCCGCUCGCGUACCGUCGUGUACAUAACCGGCUAUCGAAGCGCUCGAAUGUGUUAGAGUGGGUGGCCGGGUGGUUGGCUGCGUUUAUGAGGGUGCGGGCCCGAAAUUGAAAAGCACCCCAGCGAGAGGUAGGCGAGGGUGGUCGUGCAGCAGUCAUUGACAAGCGAAAGACCGUAUCAGAGGGUAAUCCUAUUGGUGGACGGCCGCGUCGCGACGUCCAGGCGUCAUUGGUCCGCCUUCGAGCUAUGGGGCGUGGUCUCGAGUUCCUCGAGGCUUCACGUGGAGGGGUGAGAAAUGCCUGGCUGCAUCCCUGGCAACGAUUACCGGAAAACCACAGGGUCGUUCAGCGGUAGGAAUCCAGCAUGGCGGACCUAGCAACCCCUCCGGCUGAAUUCACCACCACUACCACCAGUACCACCAUCAACACCACCACUACCAGGUAGGUGACUUCGUUGCUAUUAUCGAGGCCACUGCGACUGUUCACCACUAAACCGGCCGGGUAGUGGAUUUCGCUCGAUUUGUCCGGGGGAACACUUCAGGAAUCGGAAGUUCGAUCGGACGAUUAAUUGCUCCGUUAACUAGUCUUUUCAGACCACGACUCUUUGACGACGUCGCGGGAAUACAAGACAUCGCCCCGCGAUUUCGAGUAUUACAUUGACACGGGAAAUUUAGCGUUUCCUACUGAUUACUGAAAUUUCUUAUCGUAUUUGUAAUUGUUGCUCUACUGCGUAUAUAGAUAGCGUGAAAUAAAUGUAGCUUCGAUGAAAGAGUCGUAGACAGUUGUAUUAACUAAAUAACUCUACAAUCGAUCUGUUUUUGACACUUCCAAAUAUGCUCUGAAAAUAAUACAAAAUUAUAAUCUGACACUACUAUAACAUUUUUAUCAAUAAUUUACGAUGUGCUCUUAGCGGAACGUGUCAUUACUGGUGCAAUAAUCAUCGUCAUUCAUAAUCGCAGAAAAUUCAAACUUUCGUCCACCUUCAUUUCAUCAAGCAAUCCUUCCUUAUAAAAAAGCCUCUUCUAUCCUUCUUUCCGCUAGCCGAAAUCAAACCGUUCAGAGAGCAGUUUUUUAACGAGCAGCGUCGCAGUGGACGAGCAGUGGAUGGAUCUGAUUUCAGCGAGGAACACCGCGACGCUAGGUAUCGUUCUACCCAGCCCGAUAAAGGAGAAGCACAGGUUGAAGCAACGAGAAAGAAAGCGAACAGAGGGUAGAAAGAGACGGAGAACGGGGUUUCACUACCACGUAGCCAACGAUCAACAAUUGCACGACGUUCAGUGGGCGAAGGUAGGCGUCGUCUCGUGACGGUGGAAGGGAGGGUGGGGGUUUUAGAGCUUUGGCCAGGCGUCAACCGAUGCGAAGGGGUGCGCGCAGGCGCCGCGACGAGCGUCGUCGGCGAAGCGCCGCGUCAAACGUGCCGGCUAUAGGUUAAAUCCUCCCGCUCCUCGUUUUUGUUGUUUUUCCGGCGUUGCCUCCUGAUCCCGCCUUCAAAAGUGCCAACGGACCAAUCGGUGGCCCGUGCUCGCGGGACGCCCGAUGUCGAGACACCUCUGCAAGCCACCAACAACGUCGACCUCCGGUGAUACGGGACGAUCGAACCUAGCUAACGUCGAUCUCUCGCCGAGAGACGCCGACUUCGAGACGUCAUACGUCGUCGUUGCUCGAGCUGACGCGGUUCCAUCGGUUUCCAAGAUUCUGUCAACUGACGGGCCGAUCUGGAUCUCCGAGACACGGAGGUUUUAGUUUCCAGGUAGUUUUCGUGGACCGUCGGGGUGAAUCAGUGUUUCGUCAGAAGUUCCAUGAGACUAAAUUUCGAUGGGUGCUUUAUUUGUCAAAGUUUGUAAUAUUUUGAAUAUGAUACGAAUUUGGACAGUUGAACUGUUGAUGUGCGCGAGUGUCGAAGAGUGAACUUGAUUAUAUAGUCUCGUAACUAGUAUAUUGCCUUUUAUAUAACGAGGAAUGUUCGUUGAUACACCAUGAACGGAGCAACGUCGGUUACUACUUCAGAAGAACAUCAGCAUCAACAUCAGCAACCGCAAAAUGAACCACCACCGGAACAUCCGAGGAGCCCUACCAGCCCUUUGAGCAUUCGACAUGACUCUGGCGAGAGCAGCGUAAUCUCUCCAGGAUUACCAGAGCGUUACAGUCCUUUGGGGGCGACAGGAUCGACCUCGAGUCACGAUCCUUACGCCUCGAGGUCUGUUCAAGAAUGUCCGGUUCCCCUUUGCAGAGGAAUACCCACGGAUUUCCCUCUAGCGAGAUCGCCAUACUUAACUGCUUUGGGAAACGGACAUCCUCAUUUGUUGGGACAAGUUCAGCAACAACAACAACAGCAGCAGCAACAGCAGCAGCAGCAGCAGCAACAACAACUGCAACCGCAACAUGGUAGCAAACCACCACGCAGCCUUGGUUUGAUAUGCGUGGUCUGUGGAGAUACUAGCUCUGGGAAACAUUACGGAAUUCUUGCUUGCAACGGAUGCAGUGGUUUCUUCAAAAGAAGCGUCAGGCGGAAGCUGAUAUAUAGAUGUCAAGCCGGUACCGGAAGAUGUGUUGUGGACAAAGCUCACCGAAAUCAGUGUCAGGCGUGCCGUUUGAAGAAAUGUAUGCAGAUGGGAAUGAAUAAAGACGAACAUGUCUCUUCCACUUCAUGGAUGCUGUAUGCUGUACAGAAUGAACGGCAACCCAGAAACACUGCCACCAUUAGACCAGAGGCUCUCGUCGAGAUGGACCAGGAACGCGCGCUUCGAGAGGCAGCAGUCGCCGUCGGUGUUUUUGGACCACCUGUGUCUUUAGCUAUGGCGAGAUACACGACACCAUUGCCUUUACCCACCGUUGCGCCGACAACAAAUUCGACGAAUCCUCCAACACCACCGCGGCAGGAUAAUGAAGAUGGAAAUGCAUCUGAAGAUAGUAUAGACGUGACAAAUGAGGAACCAUUGACACCCCAAAGAAGCGGUUGCACGCAAAUUCCACCUGUGAUCCCCUCGUUGUAUUCGCCUGCUAGUGCUGAAACGGUCUACGAAACCAGUGCUAGAUUGCUUUUCAUGGCUGUAAAGUGGGCCAAGAAUCUUCCGUCUUUCGCGAGUUUGCCUUUCAGAGAUCAGGUGAUACUUUUAGAAGAGGCCUGGUCAGAGCUUUUCCUUCUGAACGCAGUACAGUGGUGCCUUCCACUCGAAUCGUCGCCUCUCUUCAAUUCCGCGGAACUGACUGCCUUGACUCUAUCGCCGCAUCCGCAUCCUCAUUCCGGAAUCCAUAUGCAAACUACCACGGGCAAGCCGAGUCAAGUUGCAGCAGAUGUGAGGCAUUUGCACGAUACCUUGCAGAGAUAUAAGGCUGUCAUGGUUGAUCCUGCUGAAUUUGCCUGUAUGAAGGCUAUAGUACUAUUUCGACCAGAAACCCGUGGCUUAAAGGAUUCCAGUCAGAUAGAAAACUUGCAGGAUCAAGCGCAAGUGAUGUUAGGCCAACACGCUAGGGCGCAGCAACCAGGAAGUCCAGCAAGAUUCGGCAGACUAUUACUGUUACUGCCGUUGCUGAGGACAGUGCCAGCAUCGAGGGUGGAACUGAUAUACUUUCACAGAACAAUCGGCAACACUCCAAUGGAGAAAGUCUUGUGCGACAUGUAUAAAAAUUAAAGAUUAUUCUUCGCCGAUAUUUCACUCGGAACAAUCAAAAAGAAACAUUUCACGAGAAUUUUCGAAUAAUCGAUUCUUGUACAGUGCCACGUUAAAAUCAGUAUAAGUGAAAUUUUACCGACUUCAUAGUAUUGAGAAUAAUUUUAUUUCUGUAAGGUGUUCGUUCCAUUCUGUGACAUAGUUCACAUUUUUCCAUUAAAAUAAAACCUCGAACGUCAAAAAAUAUAAAAAUACGCGAAGUAUUCGACAUCGUAAUCGAAUCGUCACCAAAGUAAACGUAUCGCUGAUUUGAUCGAGAUUCCUUAGUACCUGUACCUUCGGAUACAGUAUAUAAAAGAACACGAAUAUAUAAGUAUACGAACUGAAGUGCAGCGUAGACAUUGAAAGUACUCAUUCAACGACAAAUUUGAAAAAAAGACUAACAGAUAUGAAUAAACAAUUGAGCCGACUAAAUAAUCGAGAACGAUGUGUGAAAGCUUUGGCCUAAGGACGAAGCCCCAAGUAUGACCCUUUAAUAAAUUCUUCGCCUUGUCUAGUGAUUUCUUUCUACUAGAUUGGGGCCAAGUAACGAUGGAUCCUUCGAGAAAAGUAACGAAUCGAUAAGUACAGUAUUUAGUUUAAUGGUUCAACGGUAUCUAAAUGAAACGAGGGAUACUCAGUUCUGACAUAAAGAUAUAGAUAUAUACACAUAUUUAUUUAUUAUAAAAAUGUUUAUCGAACAUUAGGUUCGACGUGUUGACCAAGUCGUUUCAUCUUUCAGUUUUAAGUAGUCAAUUUUAUAUGAAUCACACUAAUGACAAAAAUUUUCACUGGAAUAAAAAAUUUUUAUUUAAUUUAUUCGUGAGUUUUUUUAACGUAUUAUUUAUGUUCACUGAAAUAUGUAAGAUAAGGUUUUGAAUAUACUUGAAUAACUGAUACGAACUUUCAGACAGCUGUAAAAAGAUACACGUCUGUGCUUUUCUUGUAUAUUUCGUGUUGUGAUACUAUUUGCUGUAAAAGUCUAGAUACUGAGUCACAUGACAUAUAUUGUAAUGAUUACCUAACCACUUGUAAUAAAAGUACACAUGCGUAAGAA